GCCCCAAACCAGCAAAUGUCCAACAGCAGCUCCUUCGAUGAGUUCCUCCUCCUGGCAUUUGCGGACACACAGGAGCUGCAGCUCUUGCACUUCUCUCUCUUCCUGGGCAUCUACCUGGCUGCCUUCCUGGGCAAUGGCCUCAUCAUCACAGCUGUAGCAUGUGACCACCAUCUCCACACUCCCAUGUAUUUCUUCCUCCUCAACCUCUCCAUCCUCGACCUUGGCUCCAUCUCCACCACUGUCCCCAAAUCCAUGGCCAUUUCCCUGAGGAACACCAGGGCCAUUUCCUACUCUGGAUGUGUUGCCCAGGUCUUUCUGGUUGUCUUCUUGCUUUCAGCAGAACAUUUUCUCCUCACUGUCAUGGCCUAUGACCGUUUUGUUGCCAUCUGCAAACCCCUGCACUAUGGCACAAUCAUGGGCAGCAGAGCUUGUGCCAGAAUGGCAGCAGCUGUCUGGGCCAGUGGCUUUAUCUAUUCUCUCCUGCACACUGGAAAUACAUUUUCACUACCCCUCUGCCAAGGCAAUGCUGUGGACCAGUUCUUCUGUGAAAUCCCCCAGAUCCUCAAGCUCUCCUGCGCAGAUUCUUACCUCAGGGAAGUUGGGCUUAUUGUGGUUAGUGUCUUUUUAGUCUUUGGGUGUUUCAUUUUCAUUGUGCUGUCCUAUGUGCAGAUCUUCACUGUUGUGCUGAGGAUCCCCUCCGAGCAGGGCCGACACAAAACCUUUUCCAUGUGCCUCCCUCACCUGGCUGUUGUCUCCCUGUUUGUCAGCACUACAGCAUUUGCCUACCUGAAGCCCCCCACCAUCUCCUCCCCAUCUCUGGAUCUGGUGGUGACUGUUCUGUACUCAGUGGUGCCUCCAACACUCAACUCGCUCCUCUACAGCAUGAGGAACAAGGAGCUCCAGGAGGCAGUGAGGAAACUAUUCCAGCUGGUGCAAGCUCAGCAGCAAUGA